CGUGUGUACACGUAAAUGCAGAGGGGGGUUGGAGGCACGUCUGCGCGAUGCGCGUCGAGAGAGGAACCUCUUUCACGGCCGGUCCGACGUGCUUUUCCACCCUCGACGACAGUCCUGCCGCACCACCGAAACGUGCAACACAAUCAGCACAUUUUUGUGGUCCACACUGAACUUUCCACUCGGUGGUUAGGAGGUCGAAUCCUGCUACAACCAUUAUUUCUUCUAAUUAAACAGCUGAAUCAACAACUUCCCUCAAGCAUGACAGCGAUCUGUUUCGUGUGUAAUCUACCGAUCCUGAGCCACCAGGUCGGCCUGGUGUGGCAAGGUGGAAAUGGAUGGGACGAUCUUAUGCGGGAACAGGUCGAGGAAUCCACCUUGAAACAACGUCUUGGAACUGGAAGACGCGAUUCGGCGACACAGAUCACUUCCAUAUCCCCGCCAAACGAGCCGCAAGAACCUGCGACCAAUCAACGUCGACGACGAUCGAGCUUGGCACAAUUGACAGACAUUUUACGCGAAUGGAGCGGGGGCGGUGGUGGAAAGAGCGAGCGAGGGAAUAAGCUGUAUCGUCGUGAAACAUUGGGAGAUAUAGCGAAAUCUUUUCCGUGGUCCAGGCAAACGACCACGGAUGCGAGCCAUCUUGAGAGACUGCGCAAGAGGAGGGAGAGUUCGGUGGACAGUGGGAUCAGAAGCCAGUCAUCUACGAAAUCGAGAAAAGAUUCAACGAUCACCGAGCUGAAAAAUGAUUUUGCCAGAUUAUGGGGAAAGAAGGAGACGCCUCAGCCGCAACCACCCCCUACGGUUAUUUCGCCCACCUAUCGAGGCUUCAGAGAGACCGAUUCGAGAGGAUCUCGACGCGGAUCAGGGGAGAGUGGAAGGGCGAAAAAUCAAGGGGAACGGAAGCAUAAUUGCCGUCACCACAGGCGCAGGCAAUCGCAGCAAUCGCAGCAAUCAAUGGACAGUGGAAGCGGCGUGAUGCCCGUGAAAUAUUACAGAAGCGAUCAAAGACCAAGCGCUUCGAGCACGGAUAGCGCGGCCAGCAAUGCUGUCAGAGAACAUUUGGAAGCGCGUAAUUCCAUGGACAAAGGCGAACGAUCGAGUAGCAUCGAGGGUAAAACAUCCGUGACGACAAGUAGCGAAUCAAAAACGUCCACCACGACUACCACCACAACUGUAUCGUCGACGACUACCGCGGUGACCACGUCGACCACAGUGACGAUGGAGCCGAAGGCCGCGACCGUUGUCGACAGUAAAAAUUUAACCCUCGAGUCGUCCAUCACUACCCCUACCAUCGUGAUGUCAUCAGUGACGCCACCAAGCGUCUCUCCAACGGUGGGUAGCAGCCUUCCACUUCCUGGAACCUCGACUUCCGGUAGCUCCAGUCCCGUUGGCUCGCCAAACGUCAACACACCCACCCACCCAUUGCUUAGCACUAGAAGAGACUCGACUACUCAGUGUUAUCAAAAGGGAAAGGAAGUAUCACCGAACAAGUUGUCGAGAUUGAUACGGCAAUCGGCUGCCAUAGAUGAGUCGAUGCCACCAGCUCGGCGACGAGGAAGUCAACCGACAUUGUCACCGGAUACUGACGAAGGAGGACGAAGAGCUCGAAAAGACUCGCUGAGCCCCGAUUCCGCUUCGUAUCCGCGGCGCCGUGAUUCGAAGAGCCAUCUGAGUCCAGAAAGAGCAGUCGAUAAAAGAGACAUCAGUCCUAUCAGGGAGAGAUCUCAGCUGACGCGACAGUCAAUGUCGAUGGCAGGACGAUCGCCACCAAGAUCACCGGAUAGUUCUUCUUGUUCGUCAAGGGAUCCAAGUCCAUGUGCUCGUGCUCCAGGGAGUAUACCUCAUGCUCCUAUAGGAAGAAGACAAUCGACAACGGACGAGAUAUUUAUUGCUCGUGGAUUUAGACGGCAGAGCACCACGGAAGAGACAAUAAGAUGUCGAAAUUUUCGAAGACAAAGUUCGCAAAGUGAAAAAUUGGUUCAGAGAUAUCAAGGACGAAGAGACAGUUCCACACAAAUCACCGAUGGAACAUUUGCUACCAUGUCUGUCGAGAUAUCGAAUACGUUUUUCGAUAGCAGCACUCAGACUGAACCAUCACCAUUGUACGACAACAAUCACUACCAUGAGGAAUGUCUAAAAUGUAACAGCUGCGGCUUGAAUCUCACAGGACCCAAUCAGAAACGGGCUAGACGGUUCAAGAACCAAAUACUUUGCGAUCUUCACUUCGCUGACGUGGCGCUGAUGGAGUGCUCGGACUUCAUGCAGCAGUUGCGCAGCUUCAAACCACAAAGUUUAGGCUGCGCAGUUGCCCGAAGGAAGUCAUCGACCACCUUAAUCUUCCCCUUACCACCGCAAGCUUGUUCAGAUGAAUUCUGCAACGAGUUCCCUCACAACCUGAUACCUACACCUGGCUACUGGAUCGAGUGCUCCAGACAGCAGAUCACCUCUGACACGAUCUGGGAUGAGAGCGAGAGCGGAGAAGCGACCGACACAGAAUUGGCCGAGGUCCAGCAAGAGUCUGACACCGACGAAGUGCCCAGAAAGAAGACCACGAUCGAAGAGCAAUGGGAGAAGAACCAAGGAUUCGAGUUGACCUCGGUCGAACAAGAGACGUACGAGAAAUAUUUCUAUGGAACUGAGCAUUGGAAUUAUUUCACCAACGAUGACGAUCUUGGCCCCGUGAUACUUAGCAUCAAGCAGGAAACGUUGAACAGUCGGGAUCAGUUCAGAAUUCUCGUGAGGGCUAUUAGUUACACUGUACACGGACUGAUUCCCGCGAGUUGUGUAUUUGCUGACAGGUACAAUCGAGAGGAAGUGGUGCGUAGUUUAGGCAAGGAGGUGAAUGUGAAUCCACCGUUAACGUUGGGCCAAUUACCUGACACCCAGGACGAGCUUCUGAAACUGGAUCAGGUGUUCAUAAAAUCGGAGCUGAAAGUCGGGGUUCUUUACGUUCAAGAGAAUCAGUGCACGGAGGAAGAGAUAUUGGAUAACCACGAGAAUUCGCCACUGUUCGACGAGUUCCUGCAGAUUCUCGGUGAUAAAAUUCGUCUGAAAGGUUUCGAUAAGUACAAGGGUGGAUUGGAUACGAUUCACGAUCUGACCGGAUUGUACUCGGUCUACACCAAUUGGCGAGGGAUCGAGAUCAUGUACCACGUGUCCACGUUUCUUCCCAAUGAGAAACACGACGUACAGAGGGUGCAAAAGAAACGACACAUAGGAAACGAUAUAGUGUGCGUCGUGUUCUUGGAGGCUGACAAGACCUCGUUUAAUCCAGCUUGUAUGAAGUCGCAUUUCCUCUACACGUUUAUCCUGGUUCGAGUCAGUCCACGGAUAAAAAGGAAGGUUACCAGAUACGAAGUAUCCGUCGCUACGAGGGAUGAAGUUGGAGCAUACAAACCUUAUCUUUGGGAACAAAACGUGUUUAAAAAGGGUCCCAUGUUUCGUGAGUGGUUAUUGACAAAGAUUGUCAACGGGGAGAGAGCGAGUUAUUCCGCGCCAAAAUUCGCAAAGAUGCAAGAGAGAACGAGGACUCAAAUGUUGGAAGACAUUGUAGCUAACUUGGCCAAUCACGCAGAAACUGGCCAAAUUCCAAAACCGUACAGGCGCGGUUCAUGGAGACCAAUAGGACACAUGAGGCCAUCUUCGCCGCUUUUGGAUUCCGUCAGGGAUCAAUUCGAGGAUCCAGACCAACUUGCCAAGGACUUCACUAAAGUGUUUUUGAACGAUCAAGAGAAUGCCACGUUAAACACAAAUCUGUUCGACAUUUCGUUCUUGGUGCAUGGUCCACAGAAGCAGAAAGUUCGAUUCUUCGGUGUUAGAGCGAUUUUGGCGGUCAGAAGCAGAGUUUUCCAAGAAAUGUUGUAUGGAAUUCAAGCUGGUUUUGGAAGUCCACAAGUACCGGUUGCAGAAUUACUUGCUAGGCCAGUGCCCACAUUAUUCAGUCCACAAAAACCAAGAAGUUCAAAUUUUCUUCAAGUUCCUGAUGUGGAAAGUCCAAGACCUAAAAGCGUGCCCUCGUCACCGAUGAUGAAGAGAGCGUUCUCGAGGCUCGGCACGAUCACUGCAGGCUGGGGAAGGAGCAUCAAAAAACAUGGGAGCGGAAACACUUUGCAAUCCGAGGAUCGAAAACGUUGGGCUAGUUCACAGGAUUGCAGCAAUAAAGAGGCGAAGGAAAAGGAGAAAGCUGCACAACAAUUAGCGGUGCCAAGGUUAAGUGUCUGUGCAGAUGCGCAAAAAGUUGAUAGAGCGAAAUUGGCACAAACAGAGUUCGACAUCAUCGAGUUCGAUCCAAAGACGUUCAAGAUCCUGCUCAAUUAUCUGCAAACUGGCUCCUGUCCACUGACUUGCAGCAACAUACCGGGUCUCAUCUGUGCAGCGGAACACUACGAUCUACCUGAGCUUCUACAAGCGUGUUUCCACCAUGCAAAACAAUUCUUACGAAUCGAGAUCGUAUGCGUGAUGUUGAGCGCGUUGGAGAAUUAUUGUUGGCGUUACACGUCCGCCUCAGAAUUGGUCAACAUGAUCCUAGCUUUCAUCGAAACCAGAGCGUAUCAACUGUUCCAGUCACCUGAUUUCUUGACACUGAGCGAGUCAAUGGUUCAAAUGAUCAUGUGCAGAGGUCUCGAAGUCGGCGAGAUUAGAAAAUUCGAGGCGAUGCUCGAGUGGGCGAAGAACAGGAUUAAGGAUAGAAAGUCGACCAAAGUCGAUCCGAAAGUGGAAUUCAAGCGUAUUAUGGACAGACUAAGUAGAGAUUUGAAACUGCAUAGAAUAACACCACAAGAACUUAUCAGGAUCGUUCUGCCAUCGAAAGCAAUCAAAAACGAGAGAAUUCUUGAAACGUUGAUGUAUCAAGCAAACUCUGGCAUCUUCAGGAACGUCGAUAGUUACUUGGAAGAUUACAAGGAAAAAGUGCAAAACCAGGAGAGUUUCGACUGUGGCCUCUAAAAAAAUAUCGUGCAUAGUGUAUUAAUUCAACAGCCCUUUUUACCUCUUUUCACCCUUAUUAAAAGGAACAAUAUGUACCUGAGAAAAGUAGACUCUAACUACUAGUUCUUCGAUGAAUAAGGGUGAUCAACAAAAAAGAAAUAUCUCAUCCAAGAGUUAUUCCUCCAUUGAAACAUCGUGUGAAGGAGGAUCGAAUUGAUCGUGCCAAGGAUCGAUGAUAGAUCUCAUAGACGAUCAUUAUUCAAAGAUCUUCAAUAUUGUUCUUCCUAUGAAAACACGUUUCGAACAACCGGUUGUUAACAUAAUUAUAGAAUCGAUAGAUAUUGAUCAAAGGGAAAAUCUUAAAAAAUAAAAGAAUCUAAUAGAUAUUCAUAUUGAUCAUGAGUAUUAUAGACGAAAAAAGAAAACGAAGAAAAGAUAUUUGAUCGAUUGAGAAAUUUAAUUUAACGUAAGAAAAACUGCACAAAUUUCAUAUUGUAGACUAAAAACGAGAAGAAUAAAUAAAGCGAAUGAUAUUGAAAGUAAAAUCUCACUCAGCCAUGGUUAUUUAUUUAUCGAAAUUUUGUCGAAUGGAAAGGAAAUAGAAAAAAAAAAAAAAGAAUGAAAGGCGAUAGAUUUAUAAAAAUAAGAAUAACAGGCUGAAAAAAAAUCUACGGCAAUGCGAUGCCGACCAUGACAAUCUAUAUAAUAAAAGCAAAGAAAAAUCCAUAUUAAAAAGAAAGAAAAAAAGAAAAAAAAAUUGAAGAAAGAGAAACGCUAUUAAUGUAAUACGAUAUAAAAGUAACGAUGAUUAAAUUCUUGAUAACAGAGUUCGAGUGAAAUUAAUUUGUGUAUAUACAUACAUAAACACAUGUUAUGUGUGUAUAUAUAUAUGUAGAUGUAAGAAUGACACUAAUAAUAACAAUAAUACUAAUAAUUAAUGAUAAGAGAAAUAAUAAUAGUAAUAAUUUAAAAAAAAAUGGGAUAAAAAUAAUAAUACACGACGUUGAUGUUGAGUGUGAAAUUAAAAAAAAUGAAGAAGAAUAAGGAGAAAAAGAAAAAAAAAACUGGAACAAAAAUAUUCGAAGUCUGUUCUGUUUUCUAUCGUAGUUUUUGUAUCUUCAAAAUACUCUAAGGCAGAUAUUCUAAAAUUUACGGGAACAGGCUAGGCGAAAAGAUAAUAUACACAAGAAAAUAAUAUAAAAACAGAGAAAGAAAAAGGAGAAAUUUUCCUUUUAACAGAUAUAUUUCUCGUUUUUUAAAUAAAUAAGUAGAUAAAAAGAAGAAGCAAAAUUUCUCCAUUCGAUUUUCAUAUCACGCUACACUUACUGACUUUUCAAAUAAAAAAAUUAAAAAUAUUGUUUCGCAGAAUGAUUGUUCGAUAAUUAAUUCUGGCCUGAUUCCCGAGUCUCAUUGACUGCAUUUUCACGAGUGAAAUGAAAAUAAUAAAAAGACAUACACGCACACGCAUACACACAUAUAAAUACACACGUACACGAAAAAAAAGGAAAAAAAAAAAAAAAAAAGAAAAAAAAAAUACGCGCGAUUUUACAAUACACGCUGAAGAGGCUGAUUUUCGUCCUCCUAACUCUGUCCCCGUUUCGCUUUCGCUCUCGCUUCUCGAAUUGUCCUCGAUUCCUCCCUCGUAAAUUUCAAGAGAAAGAAAAAAGAGAUAUUUUUUACACGACUCGACAAUUUUUUUCCAAUCCUUCUCUCACGUGUAUUCUUUUUGUUAUACGCAGACGUGUAUCAUCGAGAAAUAUUGUUCAAGAGGAGAAAAAGAAAAGAGAAGAAAGAAAAAGAAAAAAUAAAAAAGAAAAGAAAAGGAAAAUUGACAAAAGAGGAUAAAAAAUGAAAUACUCGUCGAUUCGCGGGGAUCGUCCAACUGUUAAGUGUCUUAUUAUUCAGGCAAGCGGCUGGACGAAAGUAGAUCAUUUUCUUUUUAUUCACAUAGAAAACGAAAAAAUCACUGUAAGAAAUCGAUUGUAAAAAUCGAUAUGCCCCUGUGACCACGUGAGAAAAUAAACACAGCAAAUUAUGUGAACUUUAUCACAGAAAAUCGAUCCAAUUAUUGAUCGAGGAACACGGUUGACAGAGAAGAGAGGGCAUUUUGUAAUAUUUUUUAACAGAAUCGUAGAAAAAAUUCGAGAGGUACAAAUACAUACAUAUUAUAAUAAUAUGUAAAUGAUGUACGAGCAGAGUGGUGAGACGCCAGAGAGAAAGAGAAAGGAUUGAUAAUUAAAAUAAGCUAACUAAAUAUGCAACCGUAUGUGUAGCUGUAAAACAAGCUAGGAAAAGAAAAAAAUGCAAAAAAAAAGUAUACAUAUAUAUUUAAAAAAAAAACACGUGUCGUUGUAAACGUGAACGUUUGUAAAAUCGAAAUCGUGUCGGUGGACGAUGAUCUGUCACGCGUUCAAGCGUGUAAAUACAUUUGAUCGCGACGAUUAUUUUAUUUACAUCUCGAUCCUGAUCGUGAAACUCGAUGUGUAUUGAAUUGAAUAUGCUAUCUGUUGAACGACGUUUUUGAAUUCUUUCUGACAAUUACAAAAUUUUUAAUUUCAAAAUGUAAAGAUUAUUCAAGAUGAUUCGAUGCAUCCUCGUUACAAUAUCUGUAAAAUUUAUCACUUUUAUUAGAAUAUAUCAUCAAUUGUCAUUAUCACUUGAAGUUUUUUUUAAUUUACGAAUUAAUAAAGACCAACAAAAAAGUAAAACAUUUCAAGAUCUGACAUUUACCGCAUUUCUGGAUGUUUUACAUUCAUAUCAAGAAAAAAUGAAUUAUAUAUGCAAUUCUAUCAAUCUGAAUAUAAUUUAUAAGAUUUAGAAAUUUUUAAUAAUCCAAGACUUCCAAUAUAAAUUUACUAAAAAUUCAUUAAUCAUCUAGAUAAUUCUACUGAACUGAAUGUGAAAAUAAUAUACUGCUAUAAUUGCUAUAAAUAUACUGCUUUUUAAUUGACAAGAUUUAAAAAUUUUUGAAGGUCCAAAUUUUACAAUUUUCCUAAAGAGAGUAACGAUCGAUGAAUCGAAAUUUAUUGCUCAUUAUCCAAUAACAUAUGAUUAUCCACGUAAUUGUCACAUUGAACAGUGAUCUGGAAUAACGUAGCGCCACGUGGUUCCUCGUUUGCCAAAUAAAUGUAAUAUUACGUGUCGCUAUGAAUAAAUAAUGUAUACCGUAUAUAUAUAUAUAUAUAUUUAGCAUAUAUCCUCGGGAAGCUGUGUGAUACUGCUUUAAAUCCGUGGUUUAUCACUGAUAGUCAUAAGCAUACUAUAUAUAACUACAUGAUGCGCAAUUAAUCGCUGGUCGAUACACGUGAAUUAUUAUAUAUUAUGAGAUUAUUAUACAUAUACAUAUACGAGACUUGCAGUGAAUCGCUGGUCGAUACAAUCGAAACGCUGCAUGUCCCGCCAUAUACAAUGUUAAAGAAAAACAAAUUCAACACUCUGUGAUUCACAGCUCAUUGUGCGUGGAAUUACGUGAUUCACAGAUCAUUGUUGAUGAAAAGAAAUAAUAGAAAGAAUACGUUCCACAGAUAGCGUGUUAAUUACAAAUAUAUGACGUGUUUCUUCGCGAUUGUCUGCAAUCCAGAUUUUCAAUCUGUGAAUCCUGACCCUGAGAAGAUGGCAAAAAUUUUUUAAGAUUGAGAUUUGUUUGAAAAAAAAAUGUAUUUCUUAACAAGAUAUAAGUAUAUAUCUUGUCUAAUGUGUAAAAAAGAAAAUUUUUAAAAAAUUAGAAUAUUCAAUUUCUAUCAUUUUGAUCUUUAUGAAAUAUUAUUUCUUGAAAAGAUAUUAAAUUUUUCAGAAAAGCGAAUUACAAAGCUGGUCGAAUAAAUAGUAAUGAUAAUUGUUUUUUUUUUAAAUUUAAAAAAACAAAUUAUGAAUUAUUUUCUAUUAUUAUAAAUAAUAUUAUUAAUAAAAUAAUUACGACUCGAAAAAAAGCAAAGAAACUGGCUCAAAAGUGACAAGAUCAACGUCUAAAUUUCUAAACGUCGCUAUGCUCUCACGUUGUCGUUCAUCUUCGUAAGUGCGAAAAAUAACAGAAUUUCCACGAUACACCAUGUCCACGAUGAAACGAAUAUAAAAAAAUUUCCUAAAGGAAUAUUUGUAUUAUGAGUAUAGAAGAAUAAAUUCAUUGAAAAAAGGAUCAUGGGCAAAGUGUAACUCGUGUAAUUCUGUUAACUAAGUGUGUAAGUGUAGAUGUUUUAGUGUAUGAUCGAAGUGUAAUCGAUUGAUCGCAGUAUCGAUAUAUCAAUUGCUCCUGGUUUUUCAAAAAACAUUGGGGAAUCAUUUGUCACAAUGUGACGAAAAACAUGGAGGCAUAAUUUAAAUACAGACUCAUAAAUAUGUGACUUAAUUUUUUCCCUUAUUUAACUAAAUAAAAACUAUUUAAUUUUAAUUUAAUUCUCUAAUUCACAAAAUUCAUAAUUUAUUUUGUAUCAAUAUUAAAUCUUACAAUUAAAAAAAAACUUGUUAUCCAAGAUAAAUAUUUUAAUUUUCUAAAACAGAGAUUUCUUGAAAAAUAUCAGCCAGUCAAGUAAAAACUUAUGCCUCCAUACAGGGAUAUUCUCUGCGAUAUGCGUGCACUGAUGUACAAAAAGCGAAUUUUUUUUCCAUGCUCGAUAACAGUACUAGUUACAUUGUUCGAUGCAAAUCGCGGGAUAGGAACAAAUAUCUUGAAAGAGGAUCAAAAUCUAUUCAAAGAAUUACAAAAAUCAGAAAGAUAAAAGAAAGAAGCGAAACGAUACCUCGUAGAAAAAUGGUUCGAAUCUCGAUGAGAAGAAAAGAUAGAAAAAGAUAUUUUCAUCGAAAGUGAUUCUGUCCAGCCAUUGCCGACUACUGUUCAACUGUAGAUGUAUUCAUAAAUCAUAAAAGAAGAUAAAAGAUGAAAGAUGAAUGAAACAGAGAUAUGAGGAAGAAGAGAAAGAAUUAGACAAACAAAAGAGAAUGAGAAUAGAGAGAGUGUAUGAAUGAAACUAUACAUAUAUAUAUAUUCGUAUAUAAAUAUAUAAUAUAUAUACAUAUAUGAGGUACACACACGCGCACACUUCAACACGUACACAUACAUGCACAACUAAUGCAACACAGGAAGAGAAUUAUCGUGAUGAAGAUACCACGAUCCGGAUUGCGGCGAGUAUCGAAUACGUCGCGUUUUGAAUUCCAAUUCUUAAGUUCGGAAUUCGAUCACGAAAUGCGUGAUGGAUGUGCAAGAGGGUUGUGUUUAUAACGAUACAACGCUUAUCGAGUAUCCUUAUGCGAGAAAUAUCGUAACGAGGGCUGCAUACCGCAGCACGGUGGUAUUUUAACCCCUUUGUACUUGAAGAAAACAUCUCGCUCGGAAAUUGUAUCGAAAUCCUAGAUUUCGAUGAUGCAAGACUGUUUUUAAAUAUCAUACAUAUCAAUUUUAUGAUAUUUUGAGGAAAGAAAAAAUAUCAUAGUUUAAAGAUAUUUAAAGAUUUUUGAAGAUAAAUUAGUUGGUCAAUUUUAUCGUCUUUGGUACUUUUUUAAAAAAAUGAAGACAUUUUUCAAAGAAUUUUUUACUAGCGAAUUUUUAUAUUUAAUUGAAAACGAUACGUUUUAAUAACUUUACUAUUUUCUAAAAAUAGAAAAAGACUUGAUACUUCAUCAAUAUUUCAUUAUUUUUCAGAGAAUUGAAAAAUUUUAGAGAUUUUUUUAAAGAUAAUUUAAUUGAAAUUUGAUUAAAAAUAAUUGAAUUUGUUUCGAAUCCAUAUAAUGUAAAAUUUAUAUAAAAAAUAAAGAUAUUAUUUAUGAUAAAUAAGUAAAAGAAGAAAUAUAUUUGAAAUAUCAUUAGAUAAUUAAAUUUUGAAUUACACAGGGUUAUCAUUUUAUUAUUCGAUUAAUUAAUCAAUAGUUUUAUGUAUGUUUUUUUUUUUUAAUACAUACAUUUUUUAAUAUAUAAGUAAAAAUUUUCGACAAUUAUAAGUUUUAAAAAGUACAAAAGGGUUAAAUACAUCCUGUCAUCUAACAAUAUUCUCAUUGUCAUCGUUCUAACGCUAUUCACUGUUAAAAAGAAACUCGCUGUUCACUUUUGCCGACAACUUUCGUCGACUUCGGAUCUUCAUUGUCAUUGUUGUUGUUGUUAUUGUUGUUAUAAAUCUAUCCGCCAAUUUCUACAUCUAUAUAUGAUAUCACUGGUCCGGAGUAUGCACGCUGAAUCGAAUGAAGAUUAACCGAGUGCUCGAGUACACGCAGAAAUUUCCAAAAAAGCUAGAAAAUAUUUAUUUUUAAAUUUAAUAAAAUCAUUUAUUAUCUCAUUAUUUUAUAAAUAUAUAAUUAAUCAUAAUAAUUUCAAAAUUUCUACUUGGAAAUAUCGUAAAAUAAAAGUUAUUAAAUAAAAAUUAAUUUAACCAAGGAACAUUAAAAAAAAAUAAACUCACCCAUUUAGAUUUCUCAAUUAUUUAUUUAAAUAUUCCAAAUACAUUACAUAAGUUUCACGUAUCGUUCAAAUUUUUUUCUUUUCUUUUCUUUCUUUCUUUUUUUUUUUUUCUUUUUUUUUUUUUUGUAAUACUCACAAUUUUACAGGUCCAGUAAAAAUAGCGUUCUCGGGGUAUCCGAGUCCUCGUCUAAUGUUCAUCAAGUGUUUCUCAAGUACCCGGAUACUCUCGUUGUGUCUGCGGAACACGAAUACAAUCAACAGACACUGAUAAUGAUUCGGUAUGCAUGUGUUUUAUGUAUGCGUGUAAUAUAUUACAUAUAUAAAUUAUAUACGUGUAUAUGUGUGUUUUAUGAGUGUGAAGAAAAGAAACAAGAGGUUAAAAAAGAAAAAAAGAAGAAGUUUCAUAUAAUGCGUUUUAUGAUUGGUAUUAUGCGUUUUAUCGUUCAGAUAAGAUAUUAAAUAUACCUAUAGGAAACCGAGAGGUUGGUAUUUCAAUACGAUCAUCGUAAGAGGUUCUGAUCGCUUCGACAAUUCGAAUAUUAUAUUCGUCUAUCACAAUCGCCGUGAACGUUUUUCGUUUGUUCGCUAUCUCCAACUAUGACACAGUGCUUCGUGUUAUGUCAGCAAUAUCAUUCGGAUUCCUGUCCUCCUGCAUUUUUCUUGAAACACGUCGUAUAUCGCUGAACUCAUGGUUAUUUACGGUUAUUUCAUAUUCUCGUGCAGAAAAAUCAGAUGUGCGAUGAUUUUUUUUUUCUCGGAGAAUACAUACGAACGAUGAGGAUCCGAAUAAUAUUUGCGAUCCUAAGUUUGUAAUAUUCCUCUGGUCGUAUACGUGGUAAAUACGUGCAUAUCGUACACGCGACAGAUUCCUCUGUCACAUUGUCCUCCCCCACUGCUGACGCGCGAAGAAUCUACUAGGAAACUUUUUGUAAAAAUUAGCGAACAUUCGGGACUCGCCGUGAGUCACGUUGACGUGGUGGAACGAAUACAAAGACAGAUGAAAUUAUGACAAAAAUAUGACGAAAAAAAAGAAAAAAAAAGAAAAAAGAAAAAAAAAGAAAA